CCUUCCCGGUUCCCUUCAUCCGGAUAAUUAGGUGACCGAGAAGAGCACGAGGAGGUUCCGGAAGGAGGAACACGUGCGUGGGGCAUCUGGGAAGCUCGUGGGAAGAGGAGGUGUCCUCCCCGCCGUAGCCGUCCCGGGCCGGAGGAAGCCUGCCGGAGUGUCCGCGGGACUGUGCAAAUGCGCGCCGCCAUCAGAGUAGCCUUGAAGCUCGGUUGGAUUACAGUCCUCUGCAUCCUCUCGCUAACGUAACUUGUGCCUAAGCAAUAGGUGGACUGUGGAAGUGAAGCCAGUUCUCUUUAUUUUAGUGAUCUAACAGCAAGGGACUCUGGAAGCUGUUAUCUGGCAGAGCGGCAAGUUUUGGAAGGCAGCAAGAAGCCGGUCUUUUGCAGACUGAUUUGUGCUCCUUCCAUGGCUGCAGUUUACUCUGGAAUUCAUCUGAAGCUGAAAAGCUCAAAGACAUCUUGGGAGGACAAACUCAAGUUGGCCCGGUUUGCAUGGAUUUCUCAUCAAUGUUUCCUUCCAAACAAAGAACAAGUCUUACUUGAUUGGGUGAGUCAUAGCUUGGUUUCCUGCUACAAUAAGAAACUUGAAUUGCCAGAUGAAAUAAUUGAGAAGCUUUGGAUUUACCUGGAUGGCAUCAUUCACAGCAAAAAGCUGCAGAAUCUCUUCAAGGAUGGAAAAACGGUAACUCUGCGUUUUACCAUUGCACAGUGGGAAAAUAGGAGAGACUAUGAGAAGCAGAUGGAAGAUUCAGCUGAUGUGAAACAAGGCAGCACAACCUUGAUAUCGGUCAUAAAUGAAAAUCUUUCUCUUGCUUACAAUCAAAAAACACUGAAGAAUGUCAAGGCAGUGCUAAGCUGUUGUAGCGGCAUCCUUUCCAAAUCUCCUCUUUCAAUAGUUUAUACUGCAAAAUUUGAACUUCUGGUACAUCUUCUGAGUAAGUUGUCCUGGCUAACCUGCUGGCAGUUAUCAUCAGAAAAUCCUGUAUCCCUCCAGUUGUUUGAUGUCCUUCAACUGAGCCUCAGGCAAUAUCUUCUAAUCCAGCGGCAGCAAACCAAUGCAAAUCGCGUAUUUGGACAAGUGAUCCAACAACUGCUGCAGCCAUGCCUGUUGCUUAGAUUCCUGCUAACAGUGAAAGUAUGGACUGAUGCAGCUGAUGAUCACAUUCAUCCACAUCUCAGCAAGGAAGUCCGAAAUCAUGUAGAGACUUUGCUCAAGGCUGGUAUUUUCCAACAGGAGCUCUUGUCGUCCUACAGAGAUGAGCUGUUGCCAGAGAAGGAAUCUGUUGGCACAAAGAAAGGAGGCUUGAAAAAUCUGCUUCUCCCAACCAAUUCAAUCCAAAGUUCUUUAAGAGACACCGCCUUUUGCGAACAAGCUCUUCAUGGAAAAGUGGUAGCGCAUUCAGUGCCUCUGCUUUUCAAGCUCUUUUUAGAUUCUUACAAUAAGCCGGAAGACCAUUUGGUCUGCUUUCACAUGCUUACCAAACUUUACGACUGCUUACGGAUUUCUUGCCUGCGAGGGAAUCUUUGGGAGAACCAGCUUCCAGCAUCAGAGUGGAGCUCGGAGCUGCUUGCAGUGGAGCAGCUUCUCAAUUUGGUGCUGAGCAAUAAUAUUUAUAAUGUGGCUGCUGAUCGGAUUCGGCACAAAGCAGUCCAGUUUAAUUUUUACCGUCAGUUAGCACAGUUGCUAAUGAAUCAUUCGCAGGCCACCAUACCUGCCUGGUUUAGAUGUCUCAAGGCCUUGAUUUCAUUAAAUCACUUGAUUGUGGAUCCUGAUUUGGAUGACUUGGUGGCCUUGGCUUGGAUUGAUGCAGAGGUCUUCGAACCACGUGCAAAGAAAGCUCAGACAGCCCUUGUUAGCACUGUCUUCUCCACUUACACCAAAUUGCGCCAGUUCCAAAAUCUCUUCCAAGAAAUCUUAUCAGUCAUUUUACGUCCUGCUGCAGAAGAGUCAAGACUCCCACUGUUGCCAGCCGGUAUCAGGGCCAAGCUAUGUGAGUGUCUUUUGGAUCUGCCAUCCAAUCAGAUACUGGAUAUAGUAGCCCUCACAAUGGAGAAGUGUCAGACUUUUGUCAUUCCUCAUGUCAAGGGGGAUUCCGACACGGCCUCAAAGCUUCUGUCCAUAAGCACAUUGCUGUUUUCUGUUCUCUUCCACAUGAAGAGUUUAGAUGAUUCCACUCCGUUGACUGUUGUGCGUCGCACCCAGAACCUCCUGGAGACAAUGCGGAAGAAUGUCAUCCAAGUUUUAUUUGACCUGCUGAAAAGUUCUGAGGCAGAAAAAACAGAACUUGAGCUUUGGACAGAGAAGAUCAGUAAUUCAGCUCUUCUUCUUGCUUGUGUCUGGGUAGAAAGCGAUACUCUUUUUGUCUUAAACUGCAAGCAGUAUAGCUCUCCCUUAGCCCCAUUGCUUGAUGAUUCUUCUGAAGAAAGCUGGGACUUCUCAGCCAUAUUUCCUGGUUUAGAUGCAGGGUGUUGGGAGAAGAUAGAUAAGCUGGCAAAGGGUUCCUCCCCAAUGAGCAGCUACUGUACUGAAUGGCUGGUGCUUCAAAAAAUGAAGAAGAUGCUAAUGCACACCACCAGUUGGACAGAGGCAUUGCAUCAGACAUUGCAGAGUGCUGCGGCUUUCAUUCUUCAGUCUGGAAGAGCUUCCCUGAACAAAGAAGAAUUAGAACCCUGGGAUGGUAUUGCAAGUAGUAUAACUACUCAUACUUAUCCAGUGGCACACUGGCACCUGGUACUCUCAAAUCUUCCUGUCCUGUUUCCCUAUCUUUCUGAGAAUGAUACAGAGCAUAUUGCGGAGGUGCUCCUGAAAACACUAUUGGUUAAGCAAACCCAGGUAACUUUUGCUGAUGAGGAUGAUUUCUUAUUCACAAUGGAGAACCUAUCUAAGGAUUUAUUGCACAGCUCUCUUCUUCCAGAGCUGCAGAUGCUGCACUGUUUUUUCCUAAGCCAAAUAAUUCAGCGCUGUGCUAGGGUUCUCUCGCCUACAUUUCCAAAUAUUGCCAAUCAGCCUCUUCAGUUGCUGUGUGCAGGAGAUGCUCCGUGGUGUGAAGCUAUCCCUUCUGGUCAUGCGGCCAGCAUAAGGUCUAGCAAUGAUUUUUCAGUCUCCUGGGCAGUUAUGGAGAAAGUUGCUCUCAAUAUACUGUCAUUAGCGAAAGACGGAUCUUACGCUACCUUGGAAGAAGAACAUAUCAAAGAGCUCUUGAGUAUACUAGAGAUCAUUUCAGCAUUGAAUGUAGACAGCUUCUUUCCUUUGGAUUUCACACGAUGCUUUCUUCUGUUGAUUUCUCUGACAGUUAAUACCAGGGCAAGCAUUUCUUGCAACAAAGCCUUAUCUUUAAAGUUUUUGGCAGCCUGCUUCCACCUUCUAGCAUGCUUACAGGCCGGAAGACAUGCAAACUCAUCCUUCAAGGUUUUGUACGCUAGUAAUGUUCUCAAAGCUCUCCUCUCCUCUAUGUUUGCAGUCUGCAAGACCUUUGGUGGAGUCUUGAUGAUGGAUGCUUGGGAUGGAUUUCUUCAUGAGCUCCAAGUCUUUUUGGAACACUAUCUUCAGGUCAUCCUAGAAAGGAGGCAGAGUGUGAAACUGAACCUGGAAAAUUUCCUGUCUUUCAUAACAAGUUGCCAACCAUGUGAUACAAGUUCUGGACAGUCUGACCAUUGGAGCGCUGAAGCUGACCAGGUUCUUCUAGUGGCAUUAAUUUCAUUGUGUCAUGUUCUGGCUACGUACCUGCAACAACAACCGGGUGGAAAACUACAGAUUUCAGGAAUGCUACCUGUUUUUCUUAAACAGGCCAUGUUGCAAACAGGAACAACUGUCAAGUUCUGCCUUAGAAACAACAGAAAAGGCCAGCCAUUACCUUUGGCUUUUAUACCAUAUAUUACUAUUCUUCUCAAAGCGGAUUCAUCUUGUUUUCAAUCUGUGGUUCCCGCAGCUGGUGAGAAUGAACUACAAGAUCCCAUGAAGUCAAGCAAAAACUGGCAACUUUUUCACAGGGAAUUAUAUCAAAGCUUUUGUGUGCAAAUAUUGAGAGAACUUGACUUGGCACAUAAUAACCUCCAGUUCCUUCACUCUGCUUUGCAGUUUUUGUCUGUUUUCUGUUCCAUGCCAGAACUGUAUCUACCACACGUAACUUCUGUUGCAGUAUUUAAUUCGGUCAGAAAACUACUUGCAGGUCCUGAAGUCACAGGCCAGUUGAUUCAAGAUCUAGAUGUCCCCUUGAUUGAACUGAUUGCCCAGCUGGUGGAGAAUGCUUCCAUUGAUGACUUUUCUACCAUGUUAAGGCUGCUGAUUGAGGGACUGAAUGUUUGCAAUCUUUGGAAACAAAAUCCUGAAAUAGUAUUAUCAGCUGUUACCUUACUGAAAGUACUACUCAACUGUCUUCUAAGUGGAGAGAAAGAGAAAGUUUUCUGGUUUUCUACUCCCCAGAUAAUGACUGCUUUAGCUAUGCAAAUCAAAGAGGCUUCUCAAACUCCAGUCUUGCUCCCUGUUCUUUCUGCGCCUAUCCUGGAGGCAGUAGCUCUUCUUCUUAGGCGGGGAGAAGGGAUUCUCUCCAAUCCACAUCAUGUCACCCUUGUUUUUAAUAUUCUUUUGACUGUCCCUCUUGACCAGAGGGCGUAUGACAGCAUCUUUCUGGGAAUCCACGAAGUGCUCUUUUCCAUAUUGCAGUGUCAUCCCAAGGUGAUGCUGAAAGCAGCUCCAUCUUUUCUGAACAGUUUUCAUCGAUUGGUUAUUUCUGUGAUGCACGAAGGGAGGCAAAAAGGAGACAAAGGGUCUGUGGAUGAACUUGAAGCUAUAUUGAAAUGUGCUCAGUUGGUGGAGCGGAUGUAUAGUUAUAUUGCUGCAAAAACAGAAGAGUUCACUUUGCUGUCAGCCUUCAUUGUGGCCCGAUAUGUGACAGAGCUGCAGAAGGUGACUUUGCAUCCAGCUGUAAAGAAACAUCUAACAGAAGGGAUCUAUCACAUCAUAGAUCGCUGCAAGGAACGGGACAUCAAAUUCUUAACUAUCUCUCUACCAGCAGGUGUGAGAGAAGUUUUCAAGGAACUCUAUCGCGAUUAUACUCAUUAUUACAAAGCUUUAAAGCAAGGGGAUGAAAAGUACAAAGCAUGAACUAAUUAGUCUUUUGAGAUCUGGGUGAAGAGUCUCCAUCUGGAUGGGAUGAAACCUGCUUUUCUUCGGUGUUAAAUCAUUUGAUUUGGAAUGAGAAAACCAUAUGCCUGGAAGCAAGGCUGUACGGCAUAUUUUCUCCGCGUUGGUAAUUUGAAUAAACCUCUGCUUUUCCAGGGUUACACGCUGACAUUUCUGAAAGAAAUUGUAUUAAAUACUUGUACAUAGCAAGGACUGUAGAGAAAAAAUAUGUAUUAAUGGCCCAGAAUUUUGAGCUAUGAAUGAACAUCAUUUUUUCCCUUUUUGCAAUAAGGGAUAAUGAGUUCCAAACUUUUCUUUUGCCAGGAUAGUUUGGCUGAACACGUUUAUCUUAUACCUUUAAAAUAUUGAUAACCAUUAAAUUUAACUAGCUUUUUAAAAAAAAAGAAAAGAAAAAAGAUGGAGCUGUUUCUCUUCUGUAUCCUUAAACCAGAUUUUUCCUAACCUGAUGCUUCCAGAUGCUAUAAAUCACAUCAUUUCUUACCUGCACAGCGAAGAGGUAGCUGGAAAUGAGGCAUUUGAAGGAAACUAGUACAUAUUUGGAGGGUGUAUUAGAGCCACCUUUACAAGACAUAUAACAUUUUAAAAAAUUUCUACAAAAUGUGUGUUCUGUUAUUGGCCUGUCAAAUUGUCAUGUUAUCAGAGUCCCAUUGAGACAGGGAUAAACACCCCUAGAAACUAUAUUUUUAUUGUACUCUAGGAAACAACAGCCAUGUGAAAUAAUUGACAGUUUCUGAGAAAGCAAAGGUAGUAAUUCAGAAUUUAUGAAGACUUCAAACUUUUCUGCUGUCAGCCCUAUCAGUAAACUAGACAAAGAAAUAGACACUAGAUAGGUAGUCCUUGAGUUACAACUAUUCAUUUAGUGACUAUUCAAGAUUACAAUGGCACUGAAAAAAGUGGCUUACGGCCGUUUUGCAUAAAGCCAUUGCUGUGUCCCCAUGGUCAUGUGAUCAAAAUCCAGAUGCUUGGCAACUGGCAUGUAUUUAUCAUGGUUGCGGUGUCCCAGGAUCAUGUGAUCACCUUUGGCGGCUUUCUGGCAAGCAAUGGGGAAG